GAAGAUACAGACACCCCGUUGAGAGGAAGGAAGGGACGUGGAAGUGGGGACGGGCAAGGAGCUGACUUAUUUAAAGCUUCACCUCCAUGGACAGGGAGAAACACACACACACACACACACUCCUCUCUCUCAUUCGCUGGUACAGUCCUCUCUUUCUCUGGGGACAGUGAAACCAGAGAGAGAUUUGGGCCUGUUCUGUUCGCUCCCAGGUUUGGGUGAAGGCUUAACACACUCAAAAGGUGAACUCUUUCUUUCAGUUUCAGGGUGUUGGUUGUUAAUAGGGAAUCAUGAAGUACAAAGAUGGGAAGCUAGGACAUAAGCAAGACAAGAAUGCAAGAGUCCUCCCUAUGACAAUUCUGUUGUUUGUGUUAUGUGGAUUCUCAUUCUAUCUAGGUGGAAUCUUUUGUUCUGAGAAAGAGGGAGUCAAUGUCAAUACAGCCAUGGACAUUGAAAACUUAGUCACCUCAUCGAGGGACACGGUCGUGUCCCCUCUCCAACUUAAACCUGUUGUCUUUCAGGAAUGCAGCAAGGAGUACCAAGAUUACACUCCUUGCACAGAUCCAAGGAAAUGGAAGAAGUAUGGUUUUUAUCGGCUUACUUUCAUGGAACGACAUUGUCCACCCAUGUUUGAAAGAAAGGAAUGCUUAAUUCCACCACCAGAUGGGUAUAAACCACCAAUUAGAUGGCCAAAAAGCAAGGAUGAGUGCUGGUACAGGAACGUACCAUAUGAUUGGAUCAAUAAACAGAAAUCUAAUCAAAAUUGGCUGAGGAAAGAAGGUGAAAAGUUCCUCUUUCCUGGUGGGGGAACCAUGUUUCCAAAUGGUGUUAGUGCAUACGUCGAUCUGAUGCAAGAUCUUAUACCAGAAAUGAAGGAUGGAACUAUUCGAACAGCCAUUGAUACUGGCUGCGGGGUUGCAAGUUGGGGAGGAGAUCUACUAGACCGUGGAAUUUUAACAGUUUCUCUUGCACCAAGAGAUAACCAUGAAGCUCAAGUCCAAUUUGCAUUGGAACGUGGAAUUCCAGCAAUACUUGGCAUCAUAUCGACACAACGACUUCCAUUCCCAUCAAGCUCCUUUGAUAUGGCUCAUUGCUCAAGAUGCCUUAUCCCAUGGACUGAGUUUGGUGGGAUUUACUUGCUAGAAAUCAACAGAAUCCUUCGUCCUGGAGGCCUUUGGGUCCUAUCUGGUCCCCCAGUCAACUAUGAAAACCGUUGGAGAGGAUGGAAUACAACUGUAGAAGAACAAAGAUCAGACUAUGAAAAAUUGCAGGAACUCCUAACUUCAAUGUGCUUUACCCUUUACAACAAAAAAGAUGAUAUUGCCGUUUGGCAGAAAUCUACUGAUCCUAAUUGCUUCGACAAGAUUGCUGCUGAUGCUUACCCUCCUAAGUGUGACGACAGCCUUGAACCAGAUUCAGCAUGGUACAGUCCAUUGCGCACUUGUGUCAUUUCUCCCGACCCAAAACUGAAGAGAACAAGUUUGAUGGCUAUCCCCAAAUGGCCAGAUCGUUUGCACACCUCACCCGAACGAGUUUCAGAUGUUUAUGGUGGCAGUUCUGGCACUUUCAAGCACGAUGAUAGUAAAUGGAUGGUCCGAGCCAAACAUUACAAGAAAUUGCUUCCUGCAAUUGGGACUGAAAAGAUCAGAAAUGUUAUGGAUAUGAAUACAGUUUAUGGAGGUUUUGCUGCUGCUAUUAUUGAUGAUCCCUUGUGGGUUAUGAAUGUGGUUUCUUCCUACGCUGCUAAUACUCUUCCUGUGGUCUAUGAUCGUGGCCUUAUUGGAACUUAUCAUGACUGGUGUGAAGCAUUUUCAACAUAUCCUCGGACUUAUGACCUGCUCCAUCUUGAUGGGCUUUUCACUGCAGAAGGCCAUAGAUGUGAGAUGAAGUAUGUGCUUUUGGAGAUGGAUCGAAUCCUGCGUCCUAAUGGGUAUGCGAUAAUUCGUGAGUCAAGCUACUACGUAGAUGCAGUAGCCUCAAUGGCUAAAGGGAUGAGAUGGGGAUGUCGUAAAGAAGAAACCGAAUACAGUACUGAAAAAGAGAAGAUGUUAAUUUGCCAUAAAAAACUCUGGUAUUCUUCUAGCCGGAAAUCAAGAUGACAGAAGGAGUAAUAGAAGCUGACCAAAUCGAGGUACUUACGCUUAGAGAAUCAAAGAGAAGAAAGUUCAAUAGAAGCACAAAGAGAUUAGUUUAUUCUUACAAAAUACUGGGAAAAGUACGAUCUUUCGCCUCUUCGUCGAUUGAAGAAUCGGGUACCAAAUAAUGUGGUUAUAUUUAUUUUACCGGGCCUCUUUCAUAUAGCUAUUUUCUUUAGUAAGGGGGCAAAUUGUGCGUCAUUUUCCAACUUUUCCUCUGCAUCUUUUUCUGGCCAAUACUACUUUUUGUCGUCUAGUAAUUCAUGGGCUGCUGAGCUUGAAGGGUUCAAACCGCAAGCCCAUUCUUGUGAUU